AUGGCCGAGAGGCAGGCAGGUCUGGCGGCGGGGGACUGGGAGAUCGACGUGGAGAGCCUGGAGCUGGAGGAAGAUGGUCGUGGGGCGCCGCCGCCCACGCCUCCCGGGCCCAGCCCAACUCUUGCCGACGGGGAAUGCGAGGACGACGAGUCCGACGACGUGGACGACGAGGACGCGGAGGACGAGGGCGACGGGGAGGAGGCGGGAGCGUGUCCCGGGGUGCCUGGCCGCCCCGAGCCGCCGGGGGUCCGGCAGCCCAGGGCGCUCCGGGUCUCGCAGGCCUCACCCAGCCCCGCCGGGCUGCCGGAGCGCAGCGGGAACGCGGGCGGCGCCGCCGAGCCCCGCAAACUGAGCCGCACGCCCAAGUGCGCGCGCUGCCGCAACCACGGCGUGGUGUCGUGUCUCAAGGGCCACAAGCGCUUCUGCCGCUGGCGCGACUGCCAGUGCGCCAACUGCCUGCUGGUGGUGGAGCGGCAGCGGGUCAUGGCCGCCCAGGUGGCGCUCCGGAGGCAGCAGGCCACCGAGGACAAGAAGGGGGUUUCCGGGAAACAGAAUAAUCUGGAACGCAAAGCUGUGUAUCAGAGGCAAGUCAGGGCCCCCAGUUUGCUGGCCAAAAGUAUUUUAGAAGGCUACCGACCAAUUCCAGCAGAUACUUAUGUGGGAGGGAGCUUACCUCUGCCUCCUCCAGUAAGUGACCGAAUGAGGAAAAGACGGGCCUUUGCUGAUAAAGAAUUGGAGAACAUUAUGCUGGAAAGAGAAUAUAAAGAGAGGGAGAUGUUGGAAGCGUCUCAAGCUGCUGCCUUGUUCCUGCCCAACCGUGUGGUACAUGGACCUGAAUACAAUGCCUACAAAAGUGCCUACAGCCCCGCCUCAGUGGAGCCACCAAGCAAGGACUUCUGUAAUUUCUUACCCACAUGCCUUGAUCUAACCAUGCAAUAUUCAGGGUCUGGAAAUAUGGAACUAAUUUCUUCCAAUGUCAGUGUGGCCACAACUUACCGACAGUAUCCUUUACCAUCAAGAUUUUUAGUUUGGCCCAAGUAUGGCCCCAUUAGUGAUACCCUUCUCUAUCAGCAAUGCCUUCUAAAUGCCACCACCUCAGUUCAGGCUCUGAAGCCUGGGACUGGCUGGGAACUGAAGGGAGUACGAGUCCAGGAUGGUCUUGGUGCAGAACAGGACAUGAUCCCACCAAAACUGGAAAGCUCUCUGGUGCUGCCCCAUACUCCUGAGGUCCAGACUUUGAGAAAUGACCUUCAAGGUCACCAGGCCAUCCCUGAGAGAUCUGCAUUCUCUCCACCCCGACGGAAUUUCUCUCCAGUAGUUGAAAUGGACUCUUUGGCAGCUCAAGGGCACAUCUUAACCAAGAUCAGCAAAGAAAGCACCAGGCACCCACUGCCACUUAAACAUAAUCCAUUCCACUCAUUAUUUCAGCAAACUCUUAAUGACAAAUCAGGUACUGAGUUGAAAACACCGUUUGUCAAAGAGGCCUUUGAAGAGGGUCCUAAGAGACACAGAGAGUAUUUAGUCAAGGAGAACCAGAAGUUCACAUUUACAAUAGAUAGAUGUGCAAAAGACCUUUUCGUAGCCAAACAAGUUGGAACAAAACUUUCAGUGAAUGAACCGCUGUCAUUUUCAGUUGAGUCUAUUCUUAAGAGGCCUUCAUCUGCCAUCACUCACGUCUCUCAGUGA